AAAAUCCACUCGCUCUUUCAGAUACGCACAGCUCCUCACAUUCGCGCCCCUGCCAGCGAGCCGGGCCGCCUGACCAGACGGAUUCCCCGCCAGCCAGAUGCUGGAGAAUACACACUGACUUGCUGCUUUCCAAACCCCUAAUCAGUCUCUUUCCUCAUACAAAGAUUCCUUUAAAAAACAAGCAAACAAACCAAAAACUAUAUAUAUAUAUUUUUUUUAUUUGCAUCUUUCCUCUGGGUCCCCUGCUCCACAGCCUGCGCGCCUCCCAUCACCACUUUUCACUCCCAAAGAAAGAUGAAAGGUGGCUGUGUCUCCCUGUGGAAGGCGGCCGCCGGGCUCCUCUUCUGUGUCAUGGUUUUUGCAUCUGCCAAGAGACCGGUCUUCACGAAUCAUUUUCUUGUGGAGUUGCAUAAAGGAGGAGAGGAAGAAGCUCGCCAAGUUGCAGCAGAACACGGCUUUGGAGUCCGAAAGCUUCCUUUUGCUGAAGGCCUGUACCACUUUUAUCACAAUGGUCUUGCAAAGGCCAAGAGAAGACGCAGCCUACACCACAAACAGCAGCUGGAGAGAGACCCUAGGGUAAAGAUGGCCUUGCAACAAGAAGGAUUCCACCGAAAAAAGCGAGGGUAUAGAGAUAUCAAUGAGAUCGACAUCAACAUGAAUGAUCCUCUAUUUACAAAGCAGUGGUAUCUGAUCAAUACUGGACAAGCUGAUGGCACUCCUGGCCUUGAUUUGAAUGUGGCAGAAGCCUGGGAGCUGGGAUAUACAGGGAAAGGUGUUACCAUUGGAAUUAUGGAUGAUGGAAUUGACUAUCUCCACCCGGACCUGGCCUCGAACUAUAAUGCCGAAGCAAGUUAUGACUUCAGUAGCAACGACCCCUAUCCCUACCCUCGGUACACAGAUGACUGGUUUAACAGCCACGGGACCCGAUGUGCAGGGGAAGUUUCUGCCGCGGCCAAUAACAAUAUCUGUGGGGUUGGAGUGGCAUACAACUCCAAGGUUGCAGGUAUCCGGAUGCUAGACCAGCCAUUUAUGACAGACAUCAUUGAGGCCUCCUCCAUUAGCCACGUGCCCCAGCUGAUCGACAUCUACAGCGCCAGCUGGGGCCCAACAGACAACGGGAAGACAGUGGAUGGGCCCCGAGAGCUCACUCUACAGGCAAUGGCUGAUGGUGUGAACAAGGGCCGAGGCGGCAAAGGCAGCAUCUACGUGUGGGCCUCUGGGGAUGGAGGCAGCUACGAUGACUGCAACUGCGAUGGCUAUGCCUCGAGCAUGUGGACCAUCUCCAUCAACUCAGCCAUCAAUGAUGGCAGGACAGCCUUGUACGACGAGAGCUGCUCCUCCACUUUGGCUUCCACCUUCAGCAAUGGAAGGAAAAGAAACCCCGAGGCCGGAGUGGCAACCACAGAUUUGUAUGGCAACUGUACUCUGAGGCAUUCUGGGACAUCUGCAGCAGCUCCAGAGGCAGCUGGGGUGUUUGCUCUGGCUUUAGAGGCUAACCUGGAUCUAACCUGGAGAGACAUGCAGCAUCUGACUGUGCUCACCUCGAAACGAAACCAGCUUCAUGAUGAGGUUCAUCAGUGGCGGCGGAACGGAGUUGGCCUGGAAUUUAAUCACCUAUUUGGUUAUGGGGUCCUUGAUGCAGGCGCCAUGGUGAAAAUGGCUAAAGACUGGAAAACUGUGCCCGAGAGAUUCCACUGUGUGGGAGGCUCAGUGCAGGACCCUGAGAAAAUACCAUCCACUGGCAAGCUGGUGCUGACCCUCACCACUGAUGCCUGUGAAGGGAAGGAAAAUUUCGUCCGCUACCUUGAACACGUCCAAGCUGUCAUCACUGUCAAUGCAACCAGGAGAGGAGAUCUGAACAUCAACAUGACUUCCCCUAUGGGUACCAAGUCCAUUUUGCUGAGUCGGCGUCCAAGGGAUGAUGACUCCAAGGUGGGCUUUGACAAGUGGCCUUUCAUGACCACCCAUACUUGGGGUGAAGAUGCCCGUGGAACCUGGACCCUGGAGCUGGGGUUUGUUGGGAGCACACCCCAAAAGGGGGUGUUGAAGGAGUGGACACUGAUGUUGCAUGGCACACAAAGCGCCCCUUACAUUGACCAGGUAGUGAGGGAUUACCAGUCUAAGUUGGCCAUGUCUAAGAAGGAGGAGCUGGAGGAAGAGCUGGAUGAAGCUGUGGAGCGAAGCCUGAAAAGCAUCCUGCACAAGAACUAGUGUUGUACCCUGGCUCCAACGUCUCCCUCUCUCCCCCAUCUCUGCCUCUGCCCUCGCUCCAUACUCUGUCAGGCACCUAGCAACUAUCACCCCCACACAAGCAAUUCCAACUUCUUGAUCUGAAGCUUCGCUCACUGUCAAUGAUUAUUUCCAUUACAAUGGAAGGAAUCUUUUUUAUUCUAUGCCCCAAAUAUAGUGUUCCCACCAACACCUAUGUUCUAUUUGUGACUCUAGGUUCUUUAUUUGUGUCAUUUAAAUAGGUGUUAUCCUGCAAACAAAACUGGGACAACUUUCCCCUCUAUUUUUUCAUAUCUGAGAAGAGAAGAGAAUGCAUUUAAAAAGGUACAAAUGGUAACUCCAAGAAAAAGCUACAGAUGGUUUAUUCAUGGUCUCAGCAAACCUGUUACAUAAAAAGAAAAAUCAAAGAUUGUUACCAAGGGUGAGCUCUGAAUCUCUUAAAGCAGGAGAGAUGUUGUAAAUGUCUUGGGGAAAGGUGUUUUAAACUUAGCAAGAUUUCUUCAGUGGUGUAGAUGAAGGUGGUGUGAUUCAAAAGAUGCCAUCCAUGAGAGCCCUAAUUACCAGAGAGGGAAGAGUCAAAAAGCAUGAGCAUUGGAAAUCUACCACCAAUGCCAGCAUCAUAACUUAUCCUACUCAGACAGCAUGGCAAAUAUAAAACCUAUGUAGCUUGGCUGUCUUUUCACCAGCUACUGCUCUGAGUUACGGUAGAAUAUUCUAGAGGAGCCCAAGUUACUCUUAGUCUGUAUA